AUGGCUAGGAAGAAUAUCAAUGAGCGUGGAAGUUCAGUUGUUCUUCAAGAAAGGAUGGAAACUUUGUUUAAGAAAGCAGAGGAGCUAUCCAUUCUAUGUGGCGUAGAAAUUGGUAUUGUUGUUUUUAGUCCUCAUAAAAAAAAUGCUGAAUAUGAGUGGCCAUCAAGAGACAAAUUUAAACAACUCUUGAUGAGGUUUCUAGAUAAACCACUAGUAGAGAGGCUUAAGAAGUUGACAACACAUGAAGAGUUCCUUAGGAAAGAGAUAGAGAAGAAUGUGAGAAAAAUUGAUCCGCAGAAGACUGAAGAAAAGGAAAUGGAACAGUUAUUUAAGCAGUUAUAUCAUGGGAAAAAGACUGUCUUUGAACUGGAUAGAAGACAACUUAUAGGUGUUCGCAACUUGGCUAUAAAGGCGAAAGAGAAGGCCGUUGAAAGGAGAAUACGACUCCAAUUACAAGAUCAACGUCUUUGGUUACCAAUUGAUCACGUACCAUUUCUAGUGGCUUCACUUAAUGUUCCGGAUCAACGUCUUCAGUUACCAAUUGAUCACGUACCAUUUCUAGUGGCUUCACUUAAUGUUCCGGAUCAACGUCUUCAGUUACCAAUUGAUCCCAUACCACUUCGAGUUGCUCCACUUAAUGUUCAUGAUCAACGUCAAAUUCUUCAGUUACCAAUUGAUCACGUACCACUUCGAGUGGCUACACUUAAUGUACAAGAUCAGCGUCUUCACUUACCUAUUGAUGAUCCUUUGGCACUUCGAUUGGCUCCACCUAACGUACAAUAUCAACGUCUUCAGUUACCUAUUGUUGAUCCUUUGAAACUUCGAUUGGCUCCUCCCUAG